CUCUGAUUGACAUCGAAGCGCUUAUCAGAAGCUGGAUUGCUGUUUUGGUGGGUGUCAAGAAAGCCAAAAAUUGAUCGGUGAUUGUAUCUUGUUUGGAUGAUGAAGAUGAAAAAGGUGGUGGUGAUAAGGCGAAGAAAGGAGAACAAGAUGAAAGGAGAAAAUGAACGUAACACAAGUCUCGAAAAAAUGAGCCGUUCAUUGGUUCAGAUAUUCUCAUCGCUCAAGAUCCUACGAAGGCGAUGAGCAUAACCAUACACGAAUAUUACGGCGAUACCUGAAAUAAUGACUUCUUUCGUAUGUAGCAGGUUGGUGACCUGCAGGAGCAUUGGUUGGGCCGUUCUUGUGUUUGUUCUCAACGUCGACGCUUCUUCAGCAGUCUUUGCAAUUCGUGUGAAGACCACGGGCAUUCCAGACAUCACUCAUGCGAUCGAGUACAAAGGAGUACUGUGGAUGGGUGGAGGACGAGUAGAACAGCAGGUAAGAGAAACUACAGUAGGUGAAAGUCGAGCUCCAUCCCCAUUACCUGUGCUUUUCGAUACAGGGAGUGCAGAACUCCUUGUGCCCUCGACGAAAUGCGCUUCGCCAGGCUGUCUUGCGCAUCCGAGAUUUGAUGAAAGGAGUGGGACUCUGGUUGCAGUGGAAAAACACAGUCACGGACUAGGAAAAGAUGUUGUUCUUGGACGUCAUGAAAUAAAACAAAAGCACCAGGAUGGGUUCCUUCAAGAAGGUUUUUCUGCUGUUAGUACGAGAAGUACUACUGCAUCCAAAUCUUCCAAUCUUCAAGAAGAUCAAGACAAGAGAUCAGCAUCUUUCCUCCGUCGUUUCUUUCCUGGUAGUUCUAGUCUACCCGAGCGUUUGGUCUCGGCACUGCAGGUCUUCAACACUUCUCAGAUGGAAGAUUCGCACGUUGCUGGAAAAGAGCGACUUAAUGGACCAUGGACUCACAGGAGAAGUAGCAGUAGUGAAGAAAGCGAUACUGCGGAGGUGCUCGGCAUUUCCCGACCUACUGGCCUGAUAGAAGGAGACUCACGUCAGUAUCUCAAUGUUUCGGACUAUACGAAGUGGACGUCGAAUUAUAGUACAUUAACAUCGUCCAAAGGCAAAGAUGAAGAUAGACAAGAAGAAGACGACAAGGACUAUUCGGUCCGUGUUUCGUUUGCAAGUGGUCUGGUACGAGGAAGAAUGGCACAAGCUGAGAUAUGCUUAUCUUCGUUUACAUCAUCAACCUCAUCUGAAGGAACCCCUAGGUCUGGGUCGUCUGGAGAGCAAGAUGGAACAACAACAGGAGCAUCAGAGACAAAUUCCCCUCCAUCCUCUUGUAUCUCCGACAUGCAUUUCCUCGCUGCAGAGGAGGAGAAGAGCGUCUUCUCAGCCGACGCUGACCGGUGGGGAGCCGUUUUGGGCCUAGCUUUGCCGCCGAUCAGCUUUGGGGAUAAGGAGAACUUUUUGCUCCAAUGGUGGAAGCAUGUUGGGCAGGCGAAUGGGUAUAUUAAUAUAACUCCUAAUUAUCUUCUUGUUCUUCGAAUAAAAAAAGGAAAAACAAAAAGUGUUUUAUUCAUUCAUUCAUUCAUUUGCGAACCACGUGACAACUCAAGAAAGUUGCCUGAUUCCGUUGCGACCCGAGUGCUUUACUAAAAAUAUCAACUACAUGUACACAUAGGGAACGAAUAAUACUACCAGCACUAGUGCAACAUCUACCAGCAGGCACCUGUGACGCCACCCUCCUCUUUACAGGUUGCAGCCACUUUUUUCCGUCUAUCUGAAUCCGAAUGCCAUUGAUAACACUUCUGCUUUACGUUUUGGCCACAUGUUGCCUUUAAAAGAGGUCGCGGAAGCCGGUCCAGAGCAAACGAGUUUUGAGUUGAACGAGACCCAUGAUGUUGACGCGCAAAAUAAGGGUGAAGAUGGAGACGCGAGAUUGUUAAGGCUUCAGAUUGCCGUUGCAAUUGGUAGAAAUUGAGAUACUCCACUGAUGCAUGAUGUAGCUUGUAGCUGGACUUUGAGGACUAAGAGCACAGUGUCGAUGAAAAUCAAGUAGUAGAUGCUCUAAUCUUCACACCGCAAGAGGCCGCGCACAUCGCCCAGAAUGUGGAGUCAGCCUCUUUGCAUGACCUUUCGCGUCUUGCGAAGUAUCAAGAUCAUGAAGGAAAUCGAAAAACAAGCCACCAAGGGUUUCUGCAGCAGCUACACAAAGAGGAACUACUACAGAUGCAGGAAGCAUCAACAUCAGAACUUAGUAUAGCACCAGUCUGGGCACCAGUGACGAACCCUGGCUACUGGCAGUUCAAAAUUGAGGACAUCAGUAUUGGUGGAGUGCGCCUAAACCUAGGAUGCAACUGCCCAGGAUGCUGCCAGACGGUGGUUGACACCGGCUCUUCGGUCAUUCUGGCGCCGAAGAAGGUUGCUGCUAUGAUAAGGGAGAACUUAGGCUACAACGAAGACUCGUCUUCGCCAUGUGGUGACAAGAAGUUUCCAUCGCUUGGAUUCGUAAUAAAAGACGAAGAAGGUCAGGGCCGGGAAUUGAGGCUGGACGUACUACAUUUUGAUCGUUUAAUUUUUCACUUUAAUAAUGAAUUUUUAUCUUUGGUAGUUCGACCCCUUGUUCGUAAUAGAUACUUAGAUAACUCAUUCAAAAUCAAAAAUAUCAUUUUGUUGACGAUCGAAGUCGUAAUCGCUAUGUAUAAUUCUUGUAUCAUCACAAGAACAACUACGAGGACCCUAAUAUUACAGGAAUCCGACUAUCUCGAUCGCGCAUCUGAGGAUGGCAAACAGUAUUGCUGGCUACACGUCAUGGAUGGACCGGAAGACACGGGUCGAGGUCCCCUGAUGAUCCUUGGUUUGCCAUUCAUCAGACGAUAUUCAACGGUCUUUCAGUUCAUGGGUGAUAAGGACAAGCUGGAGGACAAGCAAAAGCAUCACGCAAGGUUAGGGUUCGUGCACUCCAGCUAUGUGGACACAGGCAAGCUUGACUAUGACGCAGAUUCAACAGUGCGUUUGACCGGAUGCCGUGAAAACUGUGCAGCAGAUGCUAGCAGAUAGUUCCAAAUACUAAAUAGGUAUAAGUUGUUGAAGUUGCGCUGUUACAACCUAGAAGAAUUUCAUAAUACCGCCAUUUUACUAGUACUACAGAAAUCGUGCGAGGAUGAUAUUUUUCACCACGAUAAAGAUAUUGGUAUUAUUCGUGUUUGAGCGUCCUUGCACCUCUUUGAAAAGUAAGUUGUACAGAGAAGGCUUCGUCGACGUUGUUUCUUUUUUCCUAGUUUGCACAGUCUUACUUAGCUUAAGAAGUGGUACAGCUCCUGAAGAAGCUAAGUAAGACUGUGCAAUGAAUGCUUAAGCAAGAAGUGUAAGCUAAAGCAGAUGAACCACUAAAUGAGCAUAUUUCUUUGUACGCCAUAAAGAUGAACUACGAAAUGAACAAUAGAGACAACAAGGAUAGUAUGUGGAGUGCGUGCAAUAAAGCCAAACAAGAGAAAAAAACCUGUGAAACCGUUUUCCAGAAGACGCCUUCUAAAACACACUGAGGAAGAAUCUGAAGCUUCGUGGUCAACAACUCGAAUGUGUAUAAGAGAACCAUCAUCCUCCAGGGGAGGACAUCAUCUACCAUGCAUUCAACGUAAGUACUUGAAAUUGACUAGAAAGAGCGAGGACCAUGAAGACACUGUAGUUGUGACUUUUGAGAGGAAUUUCUAUAACAAGAUGAAUUAUGAAGGCGGUGAAGAUGCAAAUGAAACAAAUGGAAGAUCCC